AUGAAGAGGUUUUUCAAGCCAAUAGAGAAGGAUGGCUCUUCUAAGAAACCUAACCUCUCUUCCUCUUUACCACUAAACGACUGCCCAAAAGUAACUAAUGGUGCUUCUGUUGCUGCAAGUGAAGAGAACAGCGGCGCCGUAAAAGAGGAGCCUUUGAAAUUCUUGUCAUGGAAUGCAAAUAGUUUACUGCUGAGAAUCAAGAACAACUGGACCGAGUUUUCCAAGUUUGUAGAAAAUCUCGAUCCUGAUGUCAUUGCAUUGCAGGAAGUCAGGAUCCCCGCAGCUGGUGCUAAGGGUGCUCCCAGAAACCCGAGAGAGUUAAAAGAUGAUACAUCCGCCUCCCGUGAGGAGAAGCAGAUUGUCAUGCGAGCAUUAUCAAAUCCACCAUUCAAAAAUUAUAAUGUGUGGUGGUCUCUUUCAGAUUCAAAAUAUGCUGGAACAGCAUUGUUAAUAAAAAAGUGCUUCCAGCCAAUUAAGGUUUCUUUUUCACUGGAUCAAGCAGGUUCAAAGCAUGAAGCAGAUGGCCGGGUUAUUAUUGCUGAGUUUGAAUCAUUCCGUAUAUUGAAUACAUAUGUUCCUAACAACGGAUGGAAAGAGGAGGAAUCCUCAUUUCAGAGGAGAAGAAAGUGGGAUAAAAGGAUGCUGGAAUUUGUUCUCAGAGCUUCUGAUAAGUCCCUUAUCUGGUGCGGCGAUCUUAAUGUGAGUCAUCCAGAAUUCUUCAGCGCUGCCAAGCUUAAUGGUUACGUACCACCCAACAAAGAGGAUUAUGGGCAACCUGGAUUUACAUUGGCUGAGCGGAGGCGUUUUGGUUUGAUCCUAAAAGAGGGAAAACUGGUGGAUGCAUACAGGCACCUGCACAAGGAUAAAGACAUGGAGCGUGGCUUUUCCUGGUCAGGAAACCCAAUCGGGAAAUACCGUGGGAAAAGGAUGAGAAUCGACUAUUUCGUGGUUUCAGAUGAGUUGAAGGAAAGAAUUGUUUCCUGUGAAAUGCAUGGACAUGGCAUUGAACUGGAAGGUUUUUUUGGGAGUGACCAUUGCCCAGUGUCUUUGGAGAUUUCUGAUUCAAAGUCCAAAUUGUGA